CUUUAUCACCAGUCGUGAAUCAACUUUUAUAUCUGUUGGUCUGCAUCUUAACUAUCGCUCCAUCUAAUUGAAUCAAAUGGCUCCUAAUGUGCUGAUACUCGGAGGUGUCGGAUUUAUUGGUCGAAACCUCGUAUCUUUGCUAGUUGAAAACAACUUGGCUGCUUAUAUUCGAGUGGUUGACAAGGUGCUACCAGCCACUGCCUACCUGUCAGAUGCUCACAAAAAGGUUUUUGCUGACCCAAAAGUCGAGUUCAAGCAGGCAAACCUGGUGAAUGCUGCUUCUGCUGAAAAAGCUUUUACCAGAGAGGACAAUUCCCAAUUUGAUAUUGUGUUCAAUCUUGCUGCUGAAACCAAAUACGGCCAAGCGGAAGAGGUUUACGAUGAAAAAGUAUAUCAGCUAUCCAUGGCUGUUGGUAAAGAGGCUGCCAAACGCGGUAUCAAGGUUUUUGUUGAAAUAAGUACCGCACAAAUAUACGAUGCUGGAAAAAAACCAUCAGCAGAGGAUGGUAAACUCAAACCAUGGACCCUCGUUGCAAAAUCAAAACUCAAGGCUGAAGAGGAGCUUAAAAAACUUGCUGGUCUUAACCUGAUUAUUGCGCGUCCAGCAAUUGUCUAUGGCCCCAACGAUGUUCUUGGAAUCACACCACGUUUGAUCAUUGGUGCAGUCUACAAACAUCUCAAGGAAGAAAUGACUUUGCUGUGGACCAAGGAUCUAAAGCUAAACACUGUUCACGUUCGUGAUGUUGCUCGCGCACUUUGGCAUAUGGCAGCAACCAAGGAUGAUAAAGGCGGUCGCGUAGGAGAUGUUGUUCCAGGCACAACCUAUAACAUUGUUGAUAAAAAUGACACUGACCAAGGCAUUGUGAACAAGCAUAUCGAGUCUAUUUUUGGUAUCAAAACUGGAUUUCAAGGUACAAUGAUUAGCCAAUUUGCAAAGCUCAAUUUGGAUUCUGUUACAGAGGACGUAAAUGACAAGCAUCUGCAGCCAUGGUCAGAGCUUUGCAAGACAGGCGGUAUUGCAAAUACUCCACUGACACCAUACCUCGACAAGGAGCUUUUAAAGGACAAUUCUUUGAGUAUUGAAGGCAUUAAAAUUGAAAAAGAGCUCGAGUUCAAGUUUGAUCAUCCAGUAAUGACCGAGCAGUUAUUGCGUGAAGUCAUUGAUGGGUUUAUUGCACAGGGUAUCUGGCCCAAAGAUGUUACAAAAUAACAAUGUUUUGAUCGAGGCUGCAUACUUGAAAACCCAAACGUGCCAAGUAUUUUGUUGUUGAAAACAAGACUUUUGCUUCAACGCCCCUUAUUACUUCUUUUUUUAGCAAUGAAUGAGACUUUAAACCCAUC